AUGACAGCUACAAACAACCAGUCGAUUUUACAAUCUUUCAACAUUCGUCCGUGUACGAUCGCGGAUGAAGAGAGUGCUAUUGAUGUUUGUUUAAAGACUGGAGAUGCCGGUAACGAUGCAACUUUGCUGUAUGAUGAUCCGAAACUAUUGGGAUAUCGAUUCGUUUCACCAUACAUUCAUUUAUCUCCGGAACUUGCAUUUAUCUUAGAAGAUUUGGAAGGCAAUGUAUGCGGCUAUGUACUUGGUACUUUACAUUCUGAUAUUUUCUACCAACAAUACGUGAAUGAAUGGCUUUCAAAAGUAAAACAAUUGUAUCCAAAAGUUCCAUCAGACGAAGAAAGUGUGAAACAAGAUCGAGAAGUUUUACGCAGUUUUCACAACGAUAACUUACAGUCAUUUAAACUUUUCGAUGGCUAUCCAUCACAUCUUCAUAUUGAUCUCCUUCCAAAAGCUCAAGGACAAGGUUAUGGGACAAAAAUGAUUCAUCACAUCGUAGAUGAAUUGAAACGACUUGGAUCGAAAGGCGUUCAUUUACAAAUGUCUGCAAAUAAUGCUAGAGCUUUUCGUUUUUAUACAAAAGUUGGCUUCACUGUUCUUGAACAAGAUCCAGAAACUAUUUGGUUCGGUAAAAAGUUGACAUAG